GCCUGCAGUGCCACGUACUCCCCGGUGAUUAAUACUUCGAUCAAACUUGAUUGUUGCCUUCGGAACCCAAGUAUUUUGCUGAUGCCCAGGCUCAAGUACUUUCAACUUUGAUACUGGGGCGCGGACCCUCCGCGCCAUGACAGCUAUUUAAUCCCCCAGUAUCAAGCCGACCACCCACCUUUUGCUCACACAACUCAAAUAUCCUGCGCACCACCGAGAGACCCGUCAGGCAUGCAAGGACUUCCACGGGUUGGUCUCUUACUUCUGUAUUAUGCAGGUGCUGUUUUAGCGGCCGGUAAUACGACAUGUAUUAGCAGUCAACUGGAUUGGUACACAAGCGCGGUCGGUGAAACCCCUUGCAUGACGUACCAGAGGCUUCGACAAAUAUGCAACAGUUCUUACCUGGUUGGCAAUUUCGCUCCGGUGGCUCCCGGUGAUCAUUGCGACGAUCAAGUUUCGGAUUGCUGCUGCAAUUCGGUCGCAUGGGUAUUAAGCAUGCUUUGCCUGAAUUGCCAAGAAGACGCUGAUCCAGGUGAUAUAGGUGGAAUUGGUGCAGUUCCUGGAACAUACACUGCUUAUCUCGGUACCUGUGGUACUCCCACAAAUGCGUCGCUUCCACCAAGUAUUCAGCAAGCUGUGUGCAAUGAGAACAUCAAGAUUGACGACUUUAUGUACAAUAGAUCCUAUUGGGCUGAUGGAUCCUGGUUCUAUCGAUGGACAGCGGAUUAUGCAGUAGAACAGCAGGCAAUUUACAACAACAACACUUUCACGAGGUGCCCGAACCAAGUUUCACCUUCCGCAUCCCUUCCCGCAUCCACAACGGUCCCUACUGCAGGUGCAUCUCUCCCUGGCACCAGUGCUACCUCUACAUCGUCGUCUAGCUCUGGGAAUGCAACUCCAUCUGCUUCAUCUGCUUCAUUUGUUUCAUCUACUUCAUCGACCUCACGGAACGCUGUCAUCGGUGGUGCAGUGGGUGGCGCCGCGUUCGCCAUAGCCGCAGUGCUCGGCGGUAUUUACUGUUACAGGCGGCGCAAACGGCCUCGCUUUCGCACGAUCCAGGAUACGCCAUCCGUGUUUCCGGACCAAUUCCCUGGCGCCCAGUCCAUCUAUGGAGCACCUUUGACGAAUACUGAACUAGGUGCUUGUACUCCUAAUGUGUGCACUUAUGUACUCACGACAUCCCCUGGUAGUUACUCAAAGAUACAGUAGUCUCAGUCAAAAUCGACGAACUAACGGGUCUAGGGAGUCUAUUUUGCCGAUGACACAUUCUUUGAGCCCUGAGCAGGCCCAGUCCUUCAAUACGCCAACUGGCGCGUUACAUUUCGCAAAUGACAAUUUGCCUAGAACAGCGUCCUACAUCCGAGAAGAUGAUGCUGGCACAUUGAUUCCCCCCGUUGAUGCACCUACAGAAAGACUUCCACCUGCGUAUCAUCCAUCUUGGAUGACCAGAAAUACACCGCCAAGCAACUCAGACCUCAUUGAAGAUCAAGUU